AUGUCGUCGGCCUUACCUAUGGCAUCCCCCGCCAAGAGUCCUCUGGCUCGCUACCGCAUUCUUUCCCCUACAGCCUCCGUCCGAGUGAGCCCGCUGUGUCUGGGCGCCAUGAACUUUGGCGAUGCAUGGCAGGGAUAUAUGGGGACCUGCGAUCAGAAGACUGUUGAGGAGAUUCUCGAUUUUUUCUACGAACAGGGAGGUAACUUCAUUGAUACCGCCAAUAACUAUCAAUUCCAAGAGUCCGAGGUCUGGAUCGGCGAAUGGAUGAAGAAGAAGGGUGUCCGUGACCAGAUGGUCAUCGCGACCAAGUAUACCACCAACUUCCAGGCUGGUCCCAAUGCAGUCAACAUAAUGGCAAACUUCACCGGCAACGGUUCCAAGAGCUUGCACACCUCUGUCGAAGCCAGCCUUCGCAAUCUGCAAACUGACUACAUUGAUCUGCUUUAUGUUCACUGGUGGGACUACUCUACGUCCAUUUCGGAAAUGAUGCAGUCUUUGAACAAUCUUGUCAUUGCGGGCAAGGUUCUCUACCUCGGCAUCAGUGACACCCCCGCGUGGAUUGUCAGCAAAGCAAAUGAAUACGCCAGAAACCAUGGGCUUCGACAAUUCUCCGUCUACCAGGGUCGAUGGUCUGCGGCUUCGCGAGACUUCGAGCGAGAGAUUAUCCCAAUGACAAAGUCCGAGGGAAUGGGAUUGGCACCUUGGGGCUCUCUCGGAGGCGGUGCCUUCAAGACGGAGGAGCAACGUCAGUCUCAGGAGGGCCGCAAAAGGGAAGCCAGCGAAGUACAGAUCAAGGUCAGCCAGGUGCUGGAGAAGCUCGCCAAGAACAAGAACACAAUCAUUACCAGUGUUGCUCUGGCGUACGUGAUGCAAAAAGCACCGUACGUCUUUCCCAUUGUUGGCGGCCGAACCGUCAACCACCUGAAGCAGAACAUCGAGGCACUUGCCUUGAAACUCACCGACGAAGAUAUUCAAGAGAUCGAGGGGGCCGUUCCAUUCGACCUGGGCUUCCCUCACAACUUCUUGUGGGGAGACAAAGUGCCAUCACACCCUGGCGAAGUCUGGUUGUUGAAUAUGGCAGGAACCUUUGACUAUGUUCCCGAGCCCAAGGCCAUCGUACCCAAAGAGGGUGGACAGUAG